CUUGCCGCCCUCCGUUCCGAUGGCGACUCGCCUCUCGUUGUUCUCGAGACUUCCGUUGAAGAAGUUGCCUUGGUCCGUCCAUGCUGCGAGCGCUCCUUCUUGCCUUCUCUCCAUCAACUUCUCACUCGCUGAAGCUUUUCACCCCUACCAAGCAUCGCGAUCAUGGCAGACAAUCAGGAGACAUUCGGCUUUAAUGCUGAUAUCAGCCAGCUGCUUGACCUCAUCGUCAACACCUUCUACUCGAACAAGGAAGUCUUCCUGCGUGAGCUCGUCUCCAACGCAUCAGACGCCCUUGACAAGAUCCGCUAUGCCGCCCUCACCGACCCCUCGAUGCUCGAGACCGGCAAGGACCUCUACAUCCGCCUCACCCCGGACAAGGAGAAUGGUAUUCUCUCGAUCCGCGACACUGGUAUCGGCAUGACGAAGGCUGACCUCGUCAACAACCUCGGUACCAUUGCCAAGUCCGGAACCAAGGGCUUCAUGGAGGCCCUCUCAUCCGGCGCCGACAUCUCGAUGAUCGGACAGUUCGGUGUCGGUUUCUACUCGGCUUACCUCGUCGCUGACAAGGUCGAGGUCAUCACCAAGCACAACGACGACGAGCAGUACAUCUGGGAGUCAGCUGCCGGUGGCACCUUUACCAUCACCCAGGACACGACCAACCCUUCCCUCGGCCGCGGUACUGAGCUCCGCCUCCACCUCAAGGAGGACCAGCUCGAGUACCUCGAGGAGAAGCGCAUCAAGGACAUUGUCAAGAAGCACAGCGAGUUCAUCUCAUACCCCAUCCAGCUCGCUGUCACCAAGGAGGUAGAGAAGGAAGUCGAGGAGGAGGAAGAGGAGAAGAAGGACGACAAGAUCGAGGAGGUCGAGGACGAGGACGCCUCCAAGAAGAAGGAGAAGAAGAAGGUCAAGGAGAUGCAGACGACCAACGAGGAGCUCAACAAGACGAAACCCAUCUGGACUCGCAACCCGCAGGAGAUUACCAACGACGAGUACGGAACCUUCUACAAGUCACUCACCAACGACUGGGAGGACCACCUCGCCGUCAAGCACUUCUCCGUCGAGGGCCAGCUCGAGUUCAAGGCUCUCCUCUUUGUGCCCAAGCGCGCUCCCUUUGACCUCUUCGAGACCAAGAAGAAGCGUAACAACAUCAAGCUCUACGUCCGCCGCGUCUUCAUCAUGGACGACUGCGAGGACCUCAUCCCCGAGUACCUCAACUUCGUCAAGGGUAUCGUCGACUCCGAGGACCUGCCCCUCAACAUCUCGCGUGAGACGCUCCAGCAGAACAAGAUUCUCAAGGUCAUCCGCAAGAACGUCGUCAAGCGUACGCUCGAGAUGAUCAGCGAGGUCGCCGAGGACAAGGACCAGUACGCCAAGUUCUGGGAGGCAUUCGGCAAGAACAUCAAGCUGGGCAUCCACGAGGACUCGACGAACCGCAACAAGCUCGCCGAGUUCCUUCGUUACCCCUCGACCAAGUCUGGCGACGAGAUGACCUCGCUCAAGGACUACAUCACCCGCAUGCCCGAGGUCCAGAAGAACAUCUACUACCUCACCGCCGAGUCCCUCACCGCAGCCAAGACGUCGCCCUUCAUCGAGCGUCUCAAGGCCAAGGGCUUCGAGGUUCUCCUCAUGGUCGACCCCAUCGACGAGUACUGCGUCACCAACCUCAAGGAGUUCGAGGGCAAGAAGCUCGUCUCCGUCAGCAAGGACGGCCUCGAGCUCGAGGAGACCGAGGAGGAGAAGAAGGCCUCCGAGGAGCAGGCAAAGUCCCUCGAGGGCCUGUGCUCCAACAUCAAGGAGAUCCUCGGCGACAAGGUCGAGAAGGUCGUCGUCUCGAAGCGUAUCGUCGGCUCGCCUUGCGUCCUCGUCACCGGCCAAUUCGGCUGGUCUGCUCGCAUGGAAAGCAUCAUGAAGGCGCAAGCUCUUCGAGAUUCGUCCAUGUCUCAGUACAUGGCGAGCAAGAAGACCCUAGAGAUCAACGGGUCGAACUCUAUCAUCAAAGAGUUGAGCUCUAAGGUCGCUAGCGACGCUUCGGACCCGACAAUUGCUGACUUGGUCAAGCUUCUCUAUGACACGGCGCUGCUUACCAGCGGCUUCUCGCUGGAGGACCCCAGCACCUUUGCCAACCGUCUUCACAAGCUCAUCUCCCUCGGUCUGUCAAUCGAUGACGCCGGAGACCUCGACGCUGCUGAGGACUCGUCGAAGGGAGCUGCCGAGGAGGUCACGGGCGAGAGCGCCAUGGAGAGCAUUGACUAGACGUGCGUCGCAUCGGAGGGAGGUCGAGAGCCCAUGCAGCACCGUAGCAAG